AUGGAGCAACCACAGCCCUUGCCCGGGUCUUUGACCUGGCGCUUGAGCUCACAUCCGAUCACGCUUCUCAUCUUUUUGGGAUUCCGAAUUUCCAGCCUCCUCGUCUACCUCUUCGGCCUGCUAUUUACCGACAACCUUGUCAUGAUCUUCAUCAUCACCAUCCUCCUCCUCGCCGCCGAUUUCUACUACCUCAAGAACAUUGUCGGCCGCCGACUGGUCGGGCUGCGCUGGUGGAACGAGGUGGACCCGUCGACGGGCGACUCGCACUGGGUGUUUGAGAGCAGCGAGCCCGGUACCAAGGUCAUCAACCCCACCGACAGCCGCUUUUUCUGGAUCGCCAUCUACGCCCAGCCCAUCUUUUGGAUCUUGCUCGCGCUCGUGGCUGUGUUGACCUUCAAGUUCAUCUGGCUGCCGCUUGUUGGUGGGUUGCCCUUUUCGUUGCCAUGUGGAGCUAGGGGGGUGAAAGAGGACAGAGGGCUAACGUUAUUCGAACUGGAUAUGGCCAUGAGGAGCAAGGGGUCACUUCCGCGAUCCUCUGUGCCGCGCAAUUUGUGA